GCCAUUGCUGAGAAGGACGGUGCUGGACAGGGGUCAUCUAAGGAUGGGGUCAGCCAAGGAGGCCGCCCAGGACACCCUGCCCCAGAGCCAGCCGCACACGGCACAGCAUCGGAGCGGCCACAGGAGCGCUGGGGUGACCCAGCAGCCGGGGGCACUCAUGGAGUCGCCAGGCAACAAGACAGCAACCCCAGGCAGUGCCCCUGCUUGGCUGUAAAGUCCUGCCAUAGCAAGCCAUCUAGGGACUCUUGUUUCUAAUUAACAGUGUCAGGGACUUGGGGAGGGGGGUGGCCAGGACUACGAUUGCUUCGGCGUCCGGUAUUUUGGUUCUUGUUUUCAGCAUCCUGGCGCAAAGCCGUUUGCAUCCUUGGAAGGGCAGGUGGGCAGGCUGUGUGUGUGUGUGUGUGUGUGUGUGUGUGUGUGUGUCCUCAGCGGCUGUGUGAGGGUGCCGACCUCUCACCCUGGCCCCGGCGAUCAGGGGCGGGGUGGGGGGACCCCUCUUGAUGGCUGGAGAGACGGGCUCAGGGGCCGUGGAAGUGUCUAAGGCCACAGUGCUGAUGCUGUCACUGGGACUCGAACCCAGGCCCCCUGACUCCAAAAGCAGUGCUCUUUGCCAAGCGUGAGCUCGUGGCCCACAGCACCAUCGGAGGGUCACACAGAGCCUGGACCGUGGGGACCGAGUUGGAGAGUGAAGCUCUCUCCGUGGAGCCAAGGUGAACCCCCAAAUCACUGGCCAGCCACGGCCCAAGUGGGUGAACUGGACCGGGGAAGGGGGGUGCUGUAGUCCUGGGGCCAGUCCUGUCCAUCCCGUCCUGGGGCUCUUGUGGAUUCUGGCGCCUGGACCCGGCUCCGGCCACCUCUUCCGGGUGGCUCUCGAGCUGCGUUCCCACACGGUCUGCCUUCAGGCCAUGCCUGCGGCCCCUCACAUUCGCCCCAGAGGACCUCGGCCCAAGCAUGUCCCUGUGACCCUCCGUGCGUCCUUGCAAGCCCACCUUAAUCACUUACCUGACCGACUCGCGUUAGAAGGUGCAAAGCCAGAGCAAAAGAAAGGUCUGGACAAUAACCUGUGUUUGACCAGAGGCCCCCCCACCCCCUCCACCCCCAGGUGCAAGUUCUUCAGUCUGACCGAGACGCCCGAGGAUUACACCAUCAUUGUUGACGAGGAGGGCUUCUUAGAGCUGCCCUCCUCGGAGCACCUGAGCGUGGCAGGCGCCACCUGGCUGGCCCUGAACGUGGUGUCGGGCGGGGGUGGCUUCUCCGGCUCACAGCCCAUCGGCGUGACCAAGAUUGCCAAGUCAGUCAUCGCCCCGCUGGCCGACCAGAACAUCUCCGUGUUCAUGCUGUCUACCUACCAGACAGACUUCAUCCUGGUGCGUGAACGGGACCUGCCCUUCGUCACGCACACCUUGUCGUCAGAGUUCACCAUCCUGCGGGUUGUCAAUGGCGAGACGGUAGCAGCUGAGAACCUCGGCAUCACCAAUGGCUUCGUGAAACCCAAGAUGGUCCAGAGGCCUGUCAUCCACCCUCUGUCCAGCCCAAGCAACAGGUUCUGUGUCACCAGCCUGGACCCUGACACGCUGCCUGCGGUCGCCACACUCCUCAUGGACGUCAUGUUCUACUCCAACGGAGUGAAGGACCCCAUGGCCGCCGGUGAGGACUGCGGCCACAUCCGCUUCUUCUCUUUCUCCCUCAUUGAGGGCUACAUCUCCCUGGUGAUGGACGUGCAGACCCAACAGAGGUUCCCUAGUAAUUUGUUGUUCACAAGUGCGUCCGGAGAGCUCUGGAAGAUGGUGCGGAUUGGAGGACAGCCCCUGGGAUUUGAUGAGUGUGGCAUCGUGGCCCAGAUCUCCGAGCCCCUGGCUGCCGCAGACAUCCCCGCCUACUACAUCAGUACUUUCAAGUUCGACCACGCGCUGGUACCAGAAGAAAACAUCAACGCCGUCAUCGGUGCCCUGAAAGUCAGCCAAGCAGAGAAGCAUUAGGAGGGCCUCUUCCACUCCUCCCUGUCUGCCCCCCCAGGCCUGGGCCAGGCCCCUCCCCCGAAGAUUCUUCUCACAGUAUUUCUCACGGACUGGAAAAUCGGCCCCGGGGGCCCCCAAGACAGGGCCUCAGGGAGACACCCCCUGAUUGCUCUCCCUGCCGGGCCUGGGGCCCAAGCCAAGGCCUCCCCAUGCCCUCCUGCCUUCCUGGAGCCCCCAGACCCUCCAGAGAACUCCCCCUCCCCCCAGCCGCUCCUCCUCCCCACCACCCCUACUCCAGAAAAUGACGUUUGAGGCCCAGGGAGUUUGCGAGCCGACCGGCCUUCCCCUCUGGCCCGGCCCACGGCGGGGGAGGGGGGGGGCGCAGAUGCCGAAGGAAGCAGGCCCCUCCCACGAGACAAUGGGGUUCUGACUCUCGCGUCAUCCUGGGGAGCUGGCCGAGCGGAGCCGAGUUCAUGGAGACCAGGGAGACCCCCGUGAGGACCUGAGGCUGGAUGUUGUGGCCGCUGGUCUCCCGUUCCGUCAGCUCCGGGCUGGUUCCCGCAGAGUGGAGGCCAGUGGGCGGCCCUCGGGUCACGCGCUGGGGAGGCUCCGACAAGCAGGGGUGGGGCCCUGAUCUGGGGAGGACCCAGGCCACCCAGAAUUUCACCUGCCAUCCACAGGGCCCGCGCCCCGACUCCCAGCAAGACUGCCAAGGGGGCCCUGUCCACACCCUCCCCGCCAUAAGCACUCACUCCUGGGGGCGGUUCCCAGGAGACCCACCAGCCUGGGGCACGAGCUCCUGUCCCCGCUGCUUUCCCUGGACCCUCCUUGGGCAGGCGGAGCCUUGGUUUCCCCGAAGCGGGGGGCAUCCCCAGCAUUUUGGACCUGGGGUUUCUUGGGUCACCCCCACUCCCCAGCAGUUGACUAGACCAGCACAGGGCUCCCCGUUAUCCUGCCCCCUCCCUGCCCCACUUUUGGGGGGAUGUGGAAGGCCUCUGCCCCCAACUCACCUGCCUGCCCGCCCCUCAGCUGGGGCCUGUGGCAUUCAUGAGUACUUGACCUGGGGGGGCAGCUUAUCUGAGCCUUAAUAGAGAAAACCAUACAGUA